CGCGCGCGGCUACUGCAGCUUCCAUUCCAUCACAGCCAACUAAAGAGAAGGAGAGCGUGUGUUCGUUUCGAGGACGCACACACAGACGCCAUGGAGGUGACACCAAACCACACCCUGACCGUGACCGGGUGGGCGGCCAUGAACGAGUCCGCCGGCAAGGUGGAGCCCUUCGUCUUCAAGAGAAGGGAGAACGGCCCUGACGACGUGACGAUCAAGGUGCAGUACUGCGGCAUGUGCCACACGGACCUGCACUUCAUCAACAACGACUGGGGCAUCACCACGUACCCGCUGGUCCCGGGGCACGAGAUCACGGGCGUGGUCACCAAGGCCGGGCGCAACGUCACGGGCUUCCGCGUCGGCGACCGCGUCGGCGUGGGCUGCAUCGCCGCCUCCUGCCUGGACUGCGACCACUGCCGCCGCUCCGAGGAGAACUACUGCGACCGUGUGGCGCUCACCUACAACGGCGUCUUCUGGGACGGCAGCGUCACGUACGGCGGCUACUCGCGCGCGCUGGUGGCGGACAAGCGCUUCGUGGUGCGCGUCCCCGACGCGCUGCCGCUGGACGCCGCCGCGCCGCUGCUGUGCGCGGGCGUCACGGUGUACAGCCCCAUGAAGCACCACGGCAUGCUGGGGCACCCCGGCGCCAGCCUCGGCGUCGUCGGGCUCGGCGGCCUCGGCCACGUCGCCGUCAAGCUCGCCAAGGCGUUCGGCCUCCGCGUCACCGUCGUCAGCACGUCGCCGGCCAAGGAGGCCGAGGCCAGGGCCCGGCUCGGCGCCGACCGCUUCGUCGUCAGCACCGACGACGCGCAGAUGCGGGACGCGGCCAGGUCCCUCGACUACGUCAUCGACACCGUCUCCGCCAAGCACUCGCUCGGACCCAUCCUGGACCUGCUCAAGGUCAGCGGCAAGCUCGUGCUCGUCGCCGCGCCGGACCAGCCCGUCGAGCUCCCCUCCUUCCCGCUCAUCUUCGGGAAGAGGACCGUCAGCGGGAGCAUGACGGGAGGGAUCAGGGAGACGCAGGAGAUGCUCGACCUCUGCGCCCGCCACAACAUCACCUGCGACAUCGAGCUCGUCUCCACGGACGGGAUCAACGCCGCGCUCGCGCGCCUCGCGCGCAACGACGUCCGAUACCGCUUCGUCAUCGACAUCGCCGGCGACUCCACCUCAAAACUAUAGUUCAUUCAAUUCGUUGCAUUACCAUUAUGGGCACCAAACCUAUUAUCAUCUAUCAAUAUCGUCACCAGUGGCAGGCAUGGCCUCUGGUUGCUUGCAUUUUGCUCUCUAUCCAUAUCAAGUGUGUGUCAGCAUGGGCCAGCGUGCAUAUUGCGCCAUUGCUUGCAGCAAAUAAACGUUCAUAUAUACACAUGUGCUCGAUAUUUUCAAGAGAAUUGCUUAGAGCAAAUAAACGUUUCAAAUUUU